AUGCCGAGUCAAGAGGUAGUAACAACAAAAGUAGUAGUACAUCCGCUGGUACUACUUAGCGUAGUGGAUCACUAUAAUCGGAUGGGCAAAAUCGGCAAUCAGAAACGGGUUGUUGGUGUACUUCUUGGUUGUUGGAGAGCUAAAGGUGUCUUAGACGUGUCAAACAGUUUUGCAGUACCCUUUGAUGAGGAUGACAAAGACAAAAGUGUGUGGUUCCUUGACCAUGAUUAUUUGGAAAAUAUGUAUGGAAUGUUCAAGAAAGUAAAUGCCCGUGAGAAGGUAGUAGGGUGGUAUCAUACUGGGCCUAAACUGCAUCAAAAUGAUGUUGCUAUUAAUGAACUGAUUAGGAGAUAUUGUCCAAACUCUGUGUUAGUCAUCAUCGAUGCUAAACCUAAAGAUCUUGGUCUACCAACAGAAGCUUAUCAAGCUGUCGAAGAAGUUCAUGAUGAUGGUUCACCAACAUCAAAAACAUUUGAACAUAUCCCUAGUGAAAUUGGUGCAGAAGAAGCAGAAGAAGUAGGUGUGGAGCACUUGCUAAGGGACAUCAAGGAUACUACUGUUGGUACUCUUAGCCAGAGAAUCACAAACCAAUUAUUAGGUCUGAAAGGUCUUCACGAUCAAAUCAGGGAAAUUAGAGACUACCUGCUUCAAGUUGGCAGUGGUAAACUACCAAUUAACCAUCAGAUUGUUUAUCAACUUCAGGACAUUUUUAAUUUGUUGCCCGAUAUGACUCAAAGUAAAUUUGUCGACUCUCUAUACGUAAAAACGAAUGAUCAAAUGUUAGUCGUGUACUUAGCUGCUUUAGUUAGAUCCAUAGUAGCACUUCACAAUUUGAUCAAUAAUAAGUUAACAAAUCGCGACGCCGAGAAAAAAGAGACGGACAAGAAGGAAACUAAGAAAGAUGAAAAAAAAGAGGAAGAGAAAAAAGAUGAGAAGGAUAAGGCGAAAACCAGGAGCCAAUGAUCCGAGUGAAACCGAGACUAACACGUGCGAUUGAGACUGUUGAGAUCUAACGAAAAUUCACCAAACUCAUGCAGUUUGUCUAUACAUGUACAAAUGUAUUUUGUGUUUCGAGUCGGUUGACAUUUCGAGCUAACACCAAAAAGCAAAAAUAAACAUGAAUAAUUUUUCUUGAAGUGUUUCAGGAUAGCUAGAAAUAAAGGGAGUGUUCACAUUAGAUAACGGGUUAUGAUGGUAAGAACGCAGUUACACAUUUCCGUAUAUUUCAAUCUAUUAAACACCGUACUGUUAUGAAAUGGGUGCGUUUCGCGAUAUUUCUUUUCUCCAGUUAGGAAUGAAACUACUGCUUCAAACUAGCCAUAACUUUUAUGUAAUGUACCCCGCUAUAUUUGAACAUACCGGAUAAGAUUUUCAUACCAUAGACAAUUCAGCAUUACAAACAUGUUUAAGGGACUCGAGCUUUCAUAAAUCACGUACACUGCGUUAUAAAUAAAAAGAAUAGAAAAUGGAUCAUUCGAACACACGACUCUAUUUAUUCUUCGUUAAUACUCUACGGGGGCCGUAACAGACUGCUUACUUUGUAUCAUACCAAGCCCCACCAAGGCUCAACACUUGUACCGUGAAGCAGCAUUUUGUCGUGCUUGUACCUGUACGAUACAUAAUUUGAGAUACACUCUGUUUUUCUUUAA